CCAAAACAACAAAGGCCUAAAAUAGUGUUUUUUUAUUUGCACAGUUUCUCCUUAAUUCUAUUCCUUUCCCCAACGAAAACAAUGGUAGAUCAACUCUUUCUUUCUGCAUUUCUUGAAGUGUUGUUUGACCAACUGGCAUCUCCCGAGUUGCUGAAAUUUGCUCGCAGAGAGGGACUCCGCAAACAGCUGGACAAAUGGGGCAAAAACAUGGAAAGAAUUCAAGAGGUGCUUGAUGAUGCAGAGGAGAAGCAACAAACUAAAAAGACAGUGAAAGCUUGGCUUGAUGAUCUCAGAGACUUGGCCUACAACGUGGAAGAUAUAUUGGGUGAGUUCACCACAGAAGCUUUGCAAUGCAAGUUGAUGGCCGAUGAAAGUCAGGCAAGUGCUAGUAUGGUACGAAAUCUCAUCCCUGCUUGUUGUACUUGUUUAACUCCAAGUGUUGUUAAGAUCAAGUUUAGGUUGGGGUCAAAGAUAGAGAAAAUAAAUACAAGAUUUAAUGAUCUCGUGACACAAAAAGAUCAACUUAAUUUGAAGGAAAAUGUUAGUCCGAGGCCAAACAAAAGAAGAGAGAGACCUCCCUCAACUUCCGUGGUGACCGAAGGUCACAUAUACGGUAGGGAGGAAGUCACAGGGGUUGUACUUCAAUUAUUGUUAUGUGAAAAACAUAGUGAUGCUUUGAAUAAAGUACCCAAUGUGAUUCCUAUAGUUGGUAUGGAGGGUAUCGGAAAGACAACAUUGGCCCAGCUGGUAUACAAUGAUAAAAAAGUGGAGAGCUUUUUCAAUCUGAAAGCAUGGGCUUGUGUUUCAGAAGAUUUUGAUGUUGUUGCAGUUACAAAUACAAUUUUACAAUCUUUGACCUCGGAAAAUUGUGACGGCAAAGAUCUAAAUUGGUUGCAAGUCAAAUUGAAGGAGAAACUACUUGGAAAAAGGUUUCUAGUAAUUCUUGAUGAUGUUUGGAACAAAAACGACAAUGAUUGGACUCUUUUGCGUGCUCCUUUUGAAGCAGGGGCUCAAGGAAGUAGUAUUAUUGUCACAACUCGUAAUGAGGGAGUCUCGUCACUAAUGCGAAACAAGGAAGUUGAGCCUUUUCAGUUGGGGGAGUUGUCAAAUGAAGCUUGUUUGUCCAUAUUUACCCAACAUGCAUUGGAUUCAAAAGACUUCAGUGUGCAUCCAAACCUUAAAGAUAUUGGUGAGGAACUCGUUAGAAGGUGUAAAGGCUUGCCAUUGGCAGUUAAAACUAUUGGAGGAGUCUUACACAGUAAAAAUGAAGACCACAAUGAGUGGGAAAAAGUUUUGAAGAAUAAAAUAUGGGAUAUUUCAGUGGAAGAAAGUGAAAUUGUUCCUGCUCUUAUGUUAAGUUAUCACCAUCUACCUUCACAUUUGAAGAGGUGUUUUGCUUACUGUUCAAUACCACCAAAGGACUAUGAAUUUGAGGAGAAGGAGGUGAUUCUAUUAUGGAUGGCAGAAGGUCUAAUUCAACCUCUACAAGAUGAAGAGGAAAUGGAAGAUUUGGGUUUCGAAUAUUUUUGCAAUCUGUUGUCAAGGUCAUUUUUCCAACAGUCACGUAUUAAUGAAUCACGAUAUGUGAUGCAUGACCUCAUCAAUGAUUUGGCUCAGUCGGUUGCAGGCAAUACAUGCUUUAGAAUGGAAGAUAGAGUUGGGGGUACUCAGUAUGGGGAUAUUCAAAAGAAGGCACGCCACUCAUCUUAUUUGGGAAGCAAAUUUGAUGUAACUAAAAAGUUUGAGGUUUUUUCAAAAUUCACAAGUUUACGUACAUUCUUACCUCUCAUGCUACCAGAUCCAGGUUAUUGCUAUUUGGCUCAUCUUGUUCCUUUUGAAUUGGUUCCAACAUUAUGUUGUUUAAGAGAGUUAUCUUUCAAUGGAUACUGCAUAAUAGAGCUACCAGAUUCUAUUGGUGAUUUGAAGCAUCUGCGGUACCUUAACCUUUCAGAAACUCGAAUAAGACUCCUGCCAGAAUCAAUAACUAGUCUUUGCAACUUACAAACAUUGUUGUUGGAGAACUAUAUUCGUCUAAAGAAAUUACCUUUAAUGUUUCGAAACUUGGUCAACCUGCGCCACCUCAACAUUGAAGGUGCAGAUAGUUUGGAAGGAAUGCCUAUGCAAAUAGGUAAACUAACUUGUCUUCAAACAUUGUCUAAUCUAGUUCUGGGAAAAGACAAUUGCUCAGGAAUAAAGGAGCUUGGACCUUUGAAGCAUCUUCGAGGGACACUCCACAUUUCAAGAUUAGAGAAUGUGAUGGAUCCGAAGGAUGCAAAGGAUGCUGAAUUGAUUAAAAAGACAAAAAUUAGUGAGUUGUGGUUGAAAUGUAGUGAAUACAUUGAUGAGUCAAAAGACAGGACAAGUGAACUAGAGGUACUAAAUGGGCUAUGGCCUCACAACGCUUUGAUGAAGUUGGUUAUAAUUAACUAUGGUGGUACAAAAUUUCCUAAUUGGUUAACAUCUACAUUUCCUCAUAUGGUGUCCUUGAGAUUAGAAAAUUGCUACAAGUGCAUAUCAUUACCUCCAUUGGGGCAAUAUUUGCCAUCACUCAAAAAUCUUUGGAUCAAGGGCAUGGCUAACGUGAAGAGUGUUGGUUCUGAAUUUUGUGGCGGUAAUUUAGAGACUUUGCAUUUCUAUGACAUGGAGGAGUGGGAGAAUUGGAGUCCUUGUGAAGUACUCCCAAAUCUACGUAAGCUUCCCUUUGUCUCUGUCCGAAACUAUUAG